AUGCCGUUAUCAUCAUCCUCAUGGUUUGGGAUGUCCCAAUGCAAUGAUAGUGCAAAUUCAGAUGUUGAUGAAUUCUCCACCGAGAACCAACAUGAAAGCAAUCUCUUUUCCGAUCAAUUAUCAUCGGAAAUUGUAAUUUUAAUUGCCUCCUAUUUGGAUUUACGAUCCUUGUAUUGUUUUGCUAGAAUUGAUUCGUUCAUGAUUAAAUUAUUAUUCAAUAUGGACAGGAAUAGAGUGAUGAAAUUGGGUUAUUUGAAAACUGUUAUAAAAAAGCAGAAAAAGCAAGUGACACAGAAUGAAUUGAUUCAAUCAGAUUCAUUGAUUGAGGAAUACUCAAAAGAGGAAGAUUGUAAUUUUACAAUGACACAAGAACAAGUUUGGAAAAAUCUCGUCUGUUAUUAUUUUCCUCAAUUUAAAAAGGAUUUGACUGUAAAGAAUUGGAUGCAUAUUAUGAGGAGAAGAGUAGCUCAUUUGAAAUUAUACGCUCCUGAACAUUUACCUUUGGGAAAUAGUAUUCCAAGAGAGGUUUUCUCAUUGGAUUCUAAAAAGACGAGUAGAAAUUUCAUUGAGGGAUGUGAAUUUAAUUACAAAUGUCCACUUACGAUUGAAAUGACUGAUAGUACGUAUGAUUGUACAGUUUGUAAUAAGAUUGUGUAUUAUGUUGACAAUGAGAUUUCAUUCAAGACUCAUGCUUCUCAAGGUCAUUGUAUCUAUUAUAAGAAUAUUGAAAACAAUAUUGAAUUUAUGGGUGAUAUUUAUGUACCUCCGGUUACUGGGCGUACCACUGGCAUUAGCAAUUUUUUUAAUUUCCUAAAUUAA